GUGGGGCACGUUACUGCGCAAGUGCAUUCUUGCACGGGUAGUCUGACAGAACAGCGAAUAGGUUUGUUGCCUAGUGAAGAAUUUGAAAUCCAGUAAAAUAAAUAAUCAAAAUAAGAAAUACUUUAAGAUUGACUACGUUUCGCCCAUGUUUUAUUUAUGUAAAUUGAGCGGACACUGAUAAAUUAAUCGCGGAACUGUUUGGGGAUAAAGGUGGGGAGAUGUCAUACCACUCGUCUUCUCGCAGCUCUUCUCGUAACACCGAUUGCAAGGUCUAUGUUGGCGACUUAGGCAACGGUGCUGCCAAGGGUGAGCUAGAGCGGGCGUUCAGUUACUAUGGCCCUUUACGCACGGUUUGGGUGGCCAGGAACCCCCCAGGUUUCGCAUUUGUGGAGUAUGAGGAUGCCCGUGAUGCAGAGGACGCAGUUAAAGGCAUGGAUGGAAAGGUGCUGUGCGGCUCUCGGAUCCGUGUGGAGCUGUCCACUGGCAUGUCACGGAAGACCAAACAUGGCCGCCCCAGCCGCCGCCACUUUGACCCUCAAGACCGCUGCUACCAGUGUGGGGACAGGGGCCACUAUGCCUACGACUGCUACCGUUUCAGCAAGAGGGGAGGAGGUCGUCGGAGCAGAUCACGCUCUCGCUCCCGGUCUCGUUCCGUCUCCAGGUCACGUGGCAGCCGCUAUCGAUCCCGCUCCCGCAGCAAUGACCGCAGCAGGCACCGCUCCCCAUCUUAUCCCAAACGUAGGAAGAGGUCUGGUUCCCCAGUGCGGUCAAAGUCCAGGACCUCUGUUAGGAGUCGUUCCCGUUCUCGGUCAGGGUCCCGGGCCAGAGGGCGUUCUGCGUCUCGCUCUCGCUCCAGAUCCCGCUCUCCCAGCCAUAAGAGGAAUAGGUCCCUCUCCUAGAAUGACCAGGCCAGACCUUGAUUAGCUUCAGAGAGUCGCACACAGAGCUGAUGAGCCUAUACUCCGAGACAGAGGGGCUGUUUGGGUGACGGCUGGGGGGAGCGGGGCUCUUCUCUUUUCUCUUCUCCCUCAGAUCCAGCCUCAAUUUGAUUAGCUUCAGAGGGCGAGAGAACCUCAAAAACCCAAAAGAGAAAUCUGUCGUGAUCAGACUCCAGUGACCAAUCGCAUCAGGCCUUUUUUUAAAGAGAGAGUGUGGGGAGUCGACUGACUGCACAAGCACUUACCAGGGUCAUCCCUUGCGGUGUUAACGUCCUCCCGGAGGGUGACAAGGGCUGACAAGAAAUCAGCCUACACCACGCUGGUUAAAGAGGUCGUCCGACGCACGUUUUGACGAGACACAUCCAUCCUACGCGCGCACACACAGUUGUUCCACCCACCCCACUCCCUCCCAGAACCCACGCACCACAGACCUGAACGCUGAGCCGAGUUCAGUCGACCAGUUAAGGCCCCCUCCCUACAGAGCCCGGCCUCUUGCUUAGCUUCUGAGAGGGUGAGAAAGGAGAGCUGACGAGAGAUCAGACUUCAAGACCCUCCGAGUGUGUCUUCGAGUUCUAGCAUCCGUCGCUUCUCUGUACAUGUUGUUUCUGCCACUGUCUCCAAAGGUAACGAAAACCCAAGAGUCAAUGUCAUUCAUGAUCAGAACGCAGACGUAUAGUCUGAUACUCCCUAACAUACUGUACACUAACAUUCAACUAUACAGAGCAUGCACUGUCAGAAUCCACAGGUGUAUGUGUGUGUGUUUCUGUCUGGGUGGGUGUAUGAGUGUUAAGUAUUUGGAAUACAUUACAUAUUAUCCUGGGUGUAGUGAUAGUGUUUUAUUUUUUAGGGAGCAUGUAGCUGAUUUACUUACUUUGAUGGUGGCUUGUCCUUAUACUGUAUAUUAGGUCAACCUAUUUGAAUGUUUGCGCUGUUCCCUUUGGUUUUAAGUAACUGUCUGCACAUAGUUUACCAUAUCAUGGUAGGAUUCUAAAGACUUGGGCUUGAAAAAGGCAAGUCUUUUGCCAUUUAUUUGGUCGGUAUUUGUUUUGGGUGCCAUUCGUAAAGUUCUGGUCUUUUGUCUAUUUGUGUGAAAAUGCAAGGGAGGAUUUUAGCACCUCAAACCCCCUUUAAAACAUCCUAGUCUCUCAACACCCAGCUCCUCCAUUUACUUGACCUCUGGAACUUUCACUUGUUGGCUUAAUUAUGCUAAAUUUAUUAGGGUUCUCCCUACAUGUUAUAUCAUUCGUGGAAGUUGCCGAUAUCCAAUGAAGCUGUAAUGUGUUGUAUUUAUAAAGUAUGAAAGUGACUUGACUCUGUGGGACAGAGUUCAUUAUGGGCCAGCAGUGUUGGAGCUGUGAUUGGUUCUGAGAUGGGUGCCGGGCUAGUUAUUGAGAGGACAUGCUGGGACAAGAUGGGUGCCGGGCUAGUUAUUGAGAGGACAUGCUGGGACAAGAUGGGUGCCGGGCUAGUUAUUGAGAGGACAUGCUGGGACAAGAUGGGUGCCGGGCUAGUUAUUGAGAGGACAUGCUGGGACAAGAUGGGUGCCGGUCUAGUUAUUGAGUGGACAUGCUGUGUCUGCCCUGUACUUACACCUCUCUCUGUCUGUUUCAGUCGUUCCAGAUCUCCAAGCCAGAAAAAGAGCCCCACCCCAGGCGAAGAUUGAUUUGAAGACUAAACUCGUCCCCAUCCCCCUCCAACCAACUGGCUUUAGCCUUGCAGCUAUUUGUUUUGUCAUUGUUCCCUGCAUUGAUUAGAAUCUACCCCUUCCUCUUCUGAUGCUGUGUAAUUACUCUACAGGAUUAGCUUUAUAUCUAACCCUGCAUGCCUUACAUGAUGUCACAUUCCUAAAAUGUCUCUCCCGUAUGUCCAAUUUUUUUUAAAUUUAGCAAAACAGUUCAAAUAUCUAAUUUCAGAAGUGGGAUUUGUGAACCAGAACUUUGUAUUUGUUCUUAUUUCCUAUACUAUAUUCAGUGUGGCAUUGUGUUCAAGAGCUGUAACAGAUGUACUUGAAGUUUUGCUUUCCCUGGCUUAUGACAGUAACAGAUUUUGGAAUAAAUCUUGACACGUUAA